GCCUUGUGCCCAUGGACCCGUGAGUCUGGUGUCGGUGUAAACAAACAUGAUGUGGGCUCGUGCAGGGACGUCUCUUUUGACUAUAGAAAGAAAUUGUAUUCCUCAGAGAUACCACAUUGUCCGUAACAUAAAGACACAGUGCGCGAACUUUCACCCGCGUGGAUACUUGAGGCGUGACAUAGGAGAUGUGAGCCAGACUGGAGAUACGCGUGGUGGCCAUGUACUUAGUGUGUCCACGGCGAGCCCCGUCCACCGCAAGGACACUCGUACCAUUGACAGCAUGGACCCAGUGGUGCUCAAAUACACCAAUAUGAUCAAUGAUAUGAGGAGUGAAUCAAGUAGGGUCGAAAGAAUUCAUGAAACACACUUUGGCAGUAUCCGUUUUGACCAGGAGAACACACCUCACCUUCACGGACUGUUCGACCAGGGAUGCGACCCCGAGGCUAUCACGGCCCCAGCACAGCACCCCGCGCCUACGCCACAUGAGAGUGGCCAGGGCGAGGUGCUGGCAGAGGGUGUGGAUUCAGUCACUGGUGGGUCAGAAGACGAAGUGAUAAUGAAUGACGGUGCUCCUCGAGAUGAUAAUUAUUUUGACAAUUGUAUGUUUGGAGAUUAUAUUUCUUCUGCAUCAGGAAACUUGAAAAGCCCACCAGUAGAACAUAUGCAAGGUGCAAUUGUUACAGAUAGUAAGAUUAGUGUUGCUACAAGUAAGGAUCUUUCUUAUAUAGAUGAAGUGUUCUUUAAGAACUCGUUAGAAAACCUUGAGAUAAACAAGCAGCCAGCAAUUGACUACUCUGACAUAAAGAAGGAUUUAGAAAAAGCAGUGCUUUCUGGAGAGAAGCAUGUCACCAGUGAAGAAAGUGAAAGAAUUCUCGAACGUGUUACUGAAAAUGUUCAGCAAAAACAUAGCAAUGACAAAAAUAUAAUGAGGCAACUGUUAAAUACAACUGAGAAUGGUGGAGCCCCCAGAUCUGCAUACGAUUAUGUAGUCAGAAUGAGGCGUGAAGAACAUAAUAAGCAACAUGGCGUGGCUCAGAAAUCUGGUGACGGGAGCAAUAAAAGUUACAGAAAGAUCUUAAGUCUAGUGAGUGAGAAAACAAAACAGAAGCACACAAGAUAUGAGGUACUGAAGUCUCUGAAGAAGAGUAUAUUGUACAAUGACAAUGAUAUAAUUGGCCUCUACAAACCUUAUGGAAUAACCAUGCAUGGUGGCAGUGACUCCCAAUACCAUGUUCUCACGGAGUUCCUCCCAGAACUGGCAGAACACUUGAAAGCUGAAGCACUCUACCCAGUCCAUAGAUUAGAUGCUACUACCACAGGCGUUGUUCUCUUGGCUCGCACACCUGCUAUGGCAAAUACUCUUAAAAGAAUGUUUAAGGAACGUCAGCUCAAGAAAACAUAUUGGGCCAUCACUAAAAGUGUUCCAGGUCCAAUGCAAGGUAUAAUUGACAUCCCAGUAGCAGAAGGCAUGGUGGAUGGCCGUAGGCGCAUGGUGCUUAAACCUGAUGUUAAAGGACUGAAGAGUACAACUAGUGAAAGCAAAUUGGCUAUUACCAGAUUCAAAGUAAUCAGCAAAAAAGACAGUGCUGCACUUGUUGAGUUGUAUCCCAUGACCGGAGUGAAGCACCAGCUGCGUGUUCAUCUGGCUUUUGGGCUCAGCUGUCCAGUUUUAGGUGACCACAAGUAUUCACAUGUGAAGAAAAUGGUCCCUCAGGUACUUCCUGGAGAUAUACUGGACAAACUCAAAAUAAACCAGAGUAAGGUGAGGCAUCUUCCUCUCUUCCUUCAUUGCAAGUCCAUUAUUGUGCCUGAGGUUGUGGAUGGAAGGAACAUCACAAUUUAUGCCAAGAUUCCAGCCCAUUUCAACAAGGCUCUGACUCUGCUGAAACUGAACAGACAUCAUAGUCAGGUGAAACUUGAUGAGCUGAUGGUAUCCAUACCCUGAAAUGGCUUUACCUUAUUGUCAUGUGACAAUGUGAUAAUAUAUAUAUAUAUAUAUACACAGUAAAACCUCCAUAAACUGAAUUAUAUGGGGUGAGGUGGCCGGUGGUUCAUCCGAAAGUUUGGUUUAUCCAACAAUACACGUUUUUGGCUGGUUUCUAUACACAUAAACAUGUAUGUUUAUUGUUAUUGUCAUUUACACCAUAUUUGCUAGCACAUUAUAAGCCCCAAGAUAAAUCUUUACAGCAUAUUUUGUUAUUGCACAUUGUAUACAAAGCACUAACUGGUCACUUAUGAGUUCACUUAACAUUAUGCAACUACACACUUAAUUUUCACUUGAGCUCAGUUAACUGUACACAACACACUGGUCAUAUAAGAGAGCUAACAUAAAAUUAUGCACUGUACUACUAGUGUACUUUUGCUUGUCACUCUGAAUUACCUUAAGGGCAUUUAAGUUAUCCGAUAUCCAGCUCAUAUGGGUUUGGUUUAGGGAGGUUUUACUGAUAUAUAUAUAUAUAUA